CAAAUAUGUCGAAAACAAAAGUCUACAGCCGAAGCUUCAGCUGCCAGCCGACCUUUCCGAGUUCCUUCCGACUCGAGUGAGAUUUUGGGCAGGGGAGCCAGAGACGAGUACCAAGGUGCAUAGAGGUUCUGAAGGGGAUAGAGAUUGAGAGAAAUGGGGAUAGCGGGUAAGGCUGGAGAUUUGGCAUUCAUGGCAUUCACGGCGGGUCUUGGCGUCGCCACCAUUUACCUAUCCGCCACUUUCUCUGUCAACGUCUACAGAGGCCUUGCCUGGCACAAUGCUCAACCCAAGAAGAAUGAGAAUGUCGACUUGGAGGUGAAUCAUAAAGACCCAAGUACAUCCACGGUGGCAAGGCGAUCAUAUGCAGCAGCUUUGAAGACGGGUCAUGCUUCGGGGGUUCGCAGUGAGGGGAACAGUGAAAGUGGUUUGCAGAUCAUGCCUCAGAACCAGCUUGUCGCGAUGCACAAUUCUUUAAAGGAGAUGGAAACCCAGCUUAUCAAGUUGAAGGCAGCGAUAACUUUCUUGUCUACGAAAAUAGACAUGCUUUCAGCUGGAGGCAACAGGGUUGUAAGAAACAAGACUAAGAUAGGCCCGAAUCCUUUAGACUUAGAUAAAGGAAAACGGAAAAUCGGAUUUAGUCUUUUACCUAUAACCAGAUCCAAGAGAGUAUGGCUGGUCAAAAGGAAAUCUGGGUUAUUUAAAGUGGGUUCUACAUCAGGUAUCAACGUAGAGACAUCAGUAAUGGAAUGCCAUUCGCCUCAGGUAACACAUGAUAGAUUGAUAGUCGAUAUUAAACCCUUGGUACCCAAAGAAAUUAUGGCUCCCUCGUCGGAGUUGAAGGAAAAUGGUGUACUACCGAAGUCUGAAGGAGAUGUAAGACCCGUUGAAGUUGUACAUAAAGGGUCACUAGAAGUGAAGGGACUUGAUGUCAUACCAUUGGAGAGAACCAAUGGAGUUGCUAAGGAGGUAUGGGAUUUGAAUAUGGGUUUGGCGUCGGUGUCUUGUGUAAAGGAAUGCCUAGAGUCGGGAGUGCAGCUGGAUACUGGGUCUGGGGAUAAUGUUGCUUCCCUGGUCUCUCUUCCUCCAAUAGCAGAUUGGAUUUUGCCUAAAGUUAACGAGAUUCAGCAGUUCGUGGGAAUUUCACAUGGAGGAUGUGAAGACCAAUUCAAAGAACUAAUCACUGCAAUUGAGGCAAGCCACGCUCUUGAAACCAAAUCAAGUUUCAAGAAAAGCAGGGAGCUACAACGUCUCUCUUGGGCAAUCAACUACAACGCUAAGGGUGGUAGCUCAACUAGAGGGAAAUUUAAAGGGAGGGCAUUGUGAAGACGGAAAACAAAGGGUUGGGGUGAGGUUUUCGAGUAGAGUUGUAGUUCUACGGGAAACAAGGGGUUGGGGGCUUGGUGUAUUUUGGGUUGUUUUUCACGGGCUUUUUGGAUCAUUAUGGGCAAGGUGUUUUCUUGUAUACAUUCAGUAUACUUAGUUACUCUUUUUGAUAUAUAUAAUAUUUUUACUUAUAAAAAAAAAAUUAAUAUUUAGGAAGGCAA